UAAAAGUGCUAAGACUUGUUGCUCAGGAAGAAACUUGAUGUCUUGACAUCAUAGUUGGAAUCCACUCUGGCUUUGACCCUCGUCAGUGAGAAGAGGCAGUCAGGAUCCAGUGGUGAAGCUGUGAGGUUGGAAAUCUGACAGAGCAUCAUGCACACUGAGAGAUAGCAUCAAAUUAUUAUAUUUAUUUAUAUUAUAUAAUUCACAGUGCAGGUAAUGUUAUUCAUAUUCAACAAUGAACGGGCUCUCUGAGACAUCUCUUGACCUUCAGGACACAAAGAGAAUACAUAACACAUGGAAAUCCAAAAUAAAUAGCUUCAUCCAGAGUCCAUUACCAUGGAGGAAAAUCAACAGACAAGAAACAAAUCAAACAAGCCUGCUGGUAGAAUCUCUUGAGGCACUCCUUUCCCAGAAACGUGGACAUGCAGCAUUUCGGGACUUUAUGAAAUCAGAGUUCUGUGAGGAAAAUCUGGACUUCUGGCUCGCCUGUCAAGAGUUCAAAAACUUUGACAGCCCAGAGGAGCUGAAACAGAGAGCAACAAGUAUUUAUGAAGAGUUCAUCAGGGCAGAGUCUCCCAAACAGGUAAACCUAGAUUUCUACACAAGAGAGAUCAUCAGCCAGAGUCUCGAGCAACCAAGUCCAUCAUGUUUUGUUGUGGCAGAGAGGAAAAUCUAUAGCCUGAUGGAGAAUGGCUCCUUCCCACGCUUCAUUCAAUCUGAACAAUACAAAGUCUUAUUUGAUGCAGCUUCUAAGCCUGGGAAGCGCCGAAAGGCCUUGAAGAUAAAGAGUACAGGAGCUCUAAUACAGCACGAUUCAAAACCAACCAUUCUGCAGAGUGAGCUCCAUCUCUAGCACGAGGACUGAAAUCAUGCAUGUUGAUGGUGUCAGGUGUUGCACAGACACAGGGUCAGGAACUGCUUGUGGCAGACACAAUGCAAUCACUUCUUAAACAAUAUUUAUACAAAUGUGAAUGAUUUUGACAUGAAUGCAUUAUGAACCAUUGCAAUGCUACAGGAUUUAUUCUGUGGUAAACUCAUACAAGAGCUUAUAAACUGAACAAGACAUCAUGGUCACCUGGAUGUCAUAAAAAUCCAUCCUUUAAAAAGUUGAUGUGCUACUGCCACCCAGUGGUGAAAGGGUAAACUUACAUCAAUUCAAUCUUAUUUCAAUUGUGAUCUACUGUUCUUUGACUCAGUCGUGUGCAGAAACAGCAACACAAAUUGCUGUAGAAAUCCAAAAUUACAAAAGCAGUUUUAACUGCUUUCUCAGCUUAUGUGAGAAAAAAAAAUGAUGAGGACUUUUUCACAGGAGACAUUUUGGCUUAUAAUAAACACACAGGUAGGUAUUAAUAAGUACUAAUAACAUUAACGAUGGCUUUGUUCUGUUUAAGUCUCCUACUAAGUCUUGACAGUGUGACAAUGAGCCAGCAGCUUGCACAAUACCAGGACCCUGGCUGACACCUGUGCUUUUCCUCCUGCCAAUGUCUUCUGUGGAAAAGACUAAUAAGCUAAUAUAGUGCUAUAUGCUAUGGUAGUGCCAUGUCAGCACUACUUUUUUAUGAUUAAAUUCAGUUGCACUUACACUUUAUGUAAUUAUAGUAUAUUAUCACUCUGUUGUGACAUUACAUUACACUUGGUGAAGAGUACAUGAUAGGACUUAAAACUCAAAGUUUAGGACUUGGGACUUGACUUGUGACUUAUAAAACAAUGACUGGAUCCCACCUCUGGGUAACAUUACUGGAGUUGACAAAAACUCUGAACGUUACUGUAAGUACAAUGAUAUAUAUUAUACUGAUAUGGAUGAUUAUAAUGAACUGCACUGUCUGGUGUAGUUUUAUGUGCAGCUUCAGUGAGAUAGCUCGCUGAAAUGACUGAUCAAUGUGUUUAGCUGGUCACUGGUUUCAGUUGAGCUAACUAACCACACAGUCUGAUGAAAUGUGAAGAGGAAAAUGUUGCACAGAGCAAAUAGAUAAAUGAUAAAAUGUGUGCCAAGACCAAAUAAAUAGGAGUAAAGGAGUUAAAAAUAAGACUCAGAGUUAAACACAUUCAGUUUUAACGUGUUUGAAAAGAAAAGGAUAUUAAAAGCUUUUCUAUUUUUGUUACAUCUACAUGGGGCUUAAAGGAAAAGCUUCUUUUAUAUUUUUAUUUUGUAUCCUAAAUGCCACUUUAACCCCUGACUCUAAUUGUCUGGGACCACCAAGAUUUUGAUGUCAAAUGUGGUCAGUGAAUGCAGUGGUGGAAAGUAGGCCUACAUUUACUCGAGUACUUUAGUAGAAUUUUGAGUACUUGUACUUUACUUAAGUAUAUCCAAUUUAUGCCACUUAAUACUUCUAUUCUACUACAGUUCAGAGGAAAAUACUUCUUACUCCACUACAUUAAUUGAACUACUAGUUGCGAGUUACUUUGAGUUUACAUAUGACCAGCUUAUUGAAAAUGAUUGUAUGUAUUAUUAUAUAUAAGGCCCCACAUACCCUCAAAGGUGUUGUCAGUGUUGCAGAUUAGACCCACAGGUUGGCGUUAUGUGAAACUGUGCUGGAAAUUACAUGAGAUCAUCACUAUAAACAACAAAACUAAGGGCCCCUGAAGUCCUCCCUAAAUAUUUGUAUGUGGUUGCACACAAUAAUAACUUGUAUGUACAAAAUAUUAUCUUGUAUGCGUAAGAGUUUCAACAAAAUAUAUAAUUGUUCGGGAACUUGAAGGCUCUAUUAUUCAACAUCCAGAAAGGGGCCAUGUUGCAUAGUGAGUACUUUUACUAUUGAUACUUUACGUACAGUUUUGCUGGUAAUGCUGAUGUACUUAUGCUCAAGUAGAACUUUGAAUCCAGGACUUGUUAAACUUUUACUAUUUUUGUUACUGUGGUGUUCUUACUUUUACUUAAGUAAAGGAAGGAUCUGAGUACUGAGUGAAGAAUAUUCCAUUCAUUAA